GCUUAUGCAAUCUGAUGAUGAACAUUUUUUUAAUGGUUUCACAAGAUGUUCCAAAGUACACAAUGGUAGCCGGAGAAAGAGCGGAGCUUCGGGGUCUAAAUUUAGUGGGCCUGACUCGACGUGGAUUCAGCACUGCAGAGAUCAGGAGCCUUAAAGCAGCCUAUCGGAAGAUAUUCAUGCAUGCUGUGGCUGCUGGGUUAAGGGGUUGUUGGUUUAUGGACUACUCUGAUUUCCUGAAAUUGUUGAUUUCUAUUGUUGUUUGGUGCACUACUUAUAUUGCUAUUGUAUUUCUUGAUUCCUUUCCGUCCGUUAAUUGUCCUACAGCUUCCUGAGCUUCAGAGAGGUUAGGGGAGAUUG